GGCACGGACGGAACAGGCACACGACGCGUUCACCAUCACGGAACCCACGCCACACCAGCAUGGCUGUCCCUCACAACAUAACAUAACAUCUACACCCCCUCGGAGAACGUCCCUUGUCCAUUUUUGUUUCAUACCUCACUCACUUCACCCCCUUCAGUACGCCAACGAUACUUCAUGUUAUUUUCUCAGUCGCCCGCUCCAAGCCGAGCAUACACACUCAUUCGUAUCCGACUUCACAGCAUUAUUGCCGCCUGCCCCUGUAUCUGUAUCAUGAACCCGUCCUUCUUCACUCAUACUGCCGUCAUCCACCCUGCCACCCUUCCCCACCCUUCCUCAUGUAAACCCAUGCUCGCCGUCACGCUCAUCACCCAUGCCCUCGACAAGCGAUAUCCGGAUGCGCUGGUAGUCGAGCCUCAACCCACCGUGACCGAGACACUUUUCUUGUACGAGCAAACGUCUGUUGCCUCUUCGACGCGCAGCAAAGACACAGACGCGAGCUUCAUGUCUCUCAUCCCCUGCGGUCCCCUCACCACCACCACCACCACCACCACCACCACCACCCUCCCAAAGAACCACCUCGAGGUUACAAGCAGGUGGCGUGCCUCCAUCACGCGACGGCCCCAUGAUGCAUCCAGCCGACUUUCUCUUCCUACCCCUCAGUCCCAGAUCUUGUCCGGGCAGACAGCUUGGAGUCACUGAUGACGGUCGAGAGGGUCCGGCAAAGGGAGGGGGGGUCAGGGGAUGGGAGAGAUGGGCAAAAUGCGGUCAGCCGCGUCAAAACAGUGUGGUUAUAAUACCACUCUGUACCUCCUCGAGUCUAUUCCCUCACGCCCAC